AUGUCGACUUGGUUCAAAUCCUCCAAGACUGGCAACGCGACAUCGGGUACCAAGACAGCAGAGGACCCGCCCAGGCGCACUCCAACAGACUCAUCCUAUUACGACUGCCAUGGCGUUGUAAACCAUGUGAAGGAUCCAAACGCCCGAUCGUGGCACUAUGCCAGAGACGUCAGGGCGCAGGUUCAGGCUGCGGGCCCCCCUGCUUCUUCACCAGCGAAGGGCAGAUAUCCCUCUGACUACUGGAACCACGGGAAUGAAGUCCCCAACCUGUCCGUGCCCAAACCAUAUAUGCAUGUGCCAAUCAACCCAGGACAAACCAAACCUUUCCAGCGGCCGACUCCAUCAGGGGCACACCGUGCGGUGUACAACGACAACGAUCGGGCCAAGGUGGAUGUGAUAUAUCACGAUCCUAACAAACCAAUACCGGCUGGCUCCAAGUUCCGUCCAUUCUCCAAGGCCGACUAUGUUCCAAAGGCCUCGACAGCAGCGGCAACGCACCAACCCGCACGUCGUUGA